CGACUAGCAGUUACUGUGUAAUAUGUCGAAUUUUAAAUCAACAUAGCAACGUUUGCGUUGCCAGUACACAAAAUGAACCAGGAUACAGAUGGGGGAGGCUGGUGCUCCAUCCUGCUGUUCUUAUGCAUUGCCGUCACCAUUGGCUCCGUUCUGCCCGUUGGCUACUGCUUUGGUGUGAUGAAUGCGCCCGCUGAGUUCAUCAAAACGUGGGCUGCAGAAUCCUUCAAUGCGCACUACUCAACACAACUCAGCGAUGGACAAACCACCUUGCUCUGGGCUAUCAUAGUGUCGGUGUUUCAGAUAGGUGGUAUCAUUGGUUCGUUAUGCGCAGCUAGCUUAAACACCAGAUACGGGCGACGCGGCACUCUCCGCAUAACUGACUUUAUAUUCACCAUGUCGUUUUUAUUGUUUUUGCUUUGUCGCUAUAUUGUCAAAUCGGUGGAAAUGUUGCUGAUGGGUCGUUUCCUUGGUGGUGUGGCAUCCGCCCUUGUCUACUCCACGCAGCCCAUGUAUCUGGUCGAACUUGCGCCGCCCGAGCUAAGCGGCAGCGUUGGCGUCUUCACUUGCAUCGGCAUUACUGGUGGCGUCGUCGUGGGUCAACUAUUAAGCUUUGACUUUGUGUGGGGCACCAAGGAACAUUGGCACUGGGCACUAUCUGCAUUCAUCAUAUUCGUUUGGAUCGGCUCGCUGUGCUCGUGUUUUUACCCCGAGAGUCCGCGAUUUCUCGUGGCGAAGGGCAGAACGGCAGAUGCGAAGAUGGUGCUCCAGCAUUUGCGUGGACUAGACCAGCGUGCUGAAAAGGAGCUGGCCCAGAUCGAAGCUGCGGCACAUAGAGCAGAGCAAUCGAUGAGCAUCAAGGAUGUCGUUUGCAACGGCAAAUUGCAAAUGGCCAUCAUUCUGGUUUGCUCCUUUCAUUUUGUUCAACAAGGAAGCGGCAUCAAUGCUAUCUGGUUUUACUCGGUGGCCACGUUCACGGAUGCGGGCUUCAGCACAUCAGUGGCUUUGUGGCUCAACUUUGCACUGGGUGUGCUUAACUUUUUGGCCGCUCUGUGCGGUGUCGUCCUUAUGGCCAAAUUCGAUCGACGUCUUAUGAUGAUGCUCUCAUGCAUUUUGUCGGCUCUAUUUAUGUUGCUACUCAGUUUUGGAUUACACUUUGCGGAUGUCUUUAAAUGGCUGGCGUAUAUUUGUAUUGUCUUGCUCGCUUUAUACAUGCUGUCUUUCAAUAUGGCGCUUGGUCCGAUGCCCUAUUUCAUAGGCUCAGGUUUCUUUUUUGUGAUAUCGCCCCGUGCCGCUGUCAUGGCCUUGGGCAGCCUUUCCAAUUGGAUCAUGAAUUUUGUGAUUGGCAUGAUUUUUCCCAUACUAAGCGACUGCAUUGGAUCGUUUGCUUUCUUGGUUUUCGCUGUUAUAUGUGUUUAUGGCUUUUUAUUAACUUACAGAUACUUGCCAGAGACGAGAAAUCGCACUCCCGAGGAUGUUGCUCCUCUAAUGGAGAAUGGUUUCAAGUCAAAGAUCAAAUAGAAUUCAUUUUUGCCUUUUUCUGAAAAGUAAGGAAACGGAAGUAAGCUUUUUAACGGAAGUAACUUUUUUUCAGACAGCUUAUUAUCCAAAAUAAAUAAAUACUCAUUUUAACGAUCGGAUGAGUUAAUAGAAGUACUUUAGAAAAAUAGUCGUUUUUAGAAGUCAAAUAAAUUUAUAAUGUGGUUUAAAAAUAUAUUUACUCUACUAUUUCACUUUUCAAAAAGUUUUGAAUAUUUUGAAAAUUUGUGGCAUCACUGACUUGCACUCUCACUCUCAAUGUGGCGCCGUGGCGUUCUCUUUUUUUUUGGAGAGAGCUUUGAGCCAAUUGCGACGUCACAGGUAAAGCGUCAAGAUUAGCAUUUGUAUGAGCCUUCUAUUAAUAUAAUGUGGCCAGUGGGCAGUAGAACGUUGAGGCAAACGGAACGUCUCAUUUUCCAGAAGAACGCGCGGAGCUUCGCAAAUAAAUGCCGCAGAGUCGAAUUUGAAAUCGUCGGCAUCGUCUAGUGAAGUGUGUGGAAUUAAGUAAUGUGCGUUUAAAAAUAAAAUAUAGCAACAGCACUGCAGGUGCCAAACGCAUAAAACACAAUCACAAAUGAAUGAAAGAAAAAUGAAAAUGUAUUGCACGAAAUAGAGCAACAUAAAUAUUUGUAUAUUGAAUCAUUGAUAAAAUAACAUAUAGCGCAUUGUAGUUUUAAAAUAGAUGAUGUGCAUGCAAGUCAGCUGCUGCGAAAAAUAAUUCAAAAUAUCUAACGAAACGAAACGAACCGUAAAUCGCAACAAUGCAAUGACGACGACGACGACGGCGCAUUUAUGACGUCACGGCCGGCGCGUCUCUCACGGACAUCUGGCAAAGAAAUAACACAAAACAGCAAUAAUAACAUUACUAUGUAUGUAUGCAUGUUCAUAUGUACACUGUGUACACAUCGACCGACAGCAACAACAAACAAAAAAGCACGUCAUGGUGAUCGUUGAUAGUUAUCGAUUGUUCAUGAUAAAUGAGCUCAAGCUUUAGUGUAAAUACGAAAGAUGAACAAUUAAUGAGAUAAAUUUACAUUUGUGUGAAUGUGUGUGCGAUGAGUACACGUGUACUGUUUACCAGAAUA